GUGGAUAAAUAAGGGGCGUGGACGUGGGUUUACGUGCUCAACCGCCGGUAUUUCGUCAAAGAAGAAACGUGCGGUUGGUCGUGUAGCCUACUUGCUACGUGUGACGAAUUAAAGAAUACAUCCUUGACAGUGCGGUAUUUCACUAGACUUCAGUCAGUGCCAGUGGGUCACCGGGAUACGUGCACGCAAACGGGUGGUCACGACGCACGAGAAACACGGCAAAAUAGUCACGAACAGCAUCGCAUUUCGGGUACAAGGAGAUUGUGUGCCAAACCUCACGUCCACGCGGAAUUCAUCAAUCUUGGACGUUUCCACUCUGGCACGAUGGAGGGGGAGAAGAAGCAGGUAACAUGCUACCUCCUGUUUUCUUUGUCAACGGCUGUAAUUGGCUCCCUGCAGUUUGGCUACAACACAGGAGUCAUCAAUGCACCAGAACAGAAAUUGCGGGAGUUCUUCAACGCCACAUGGAUGGAGCGUUACGGGGAGCCCAUCAAACCAGGCAUGUGCACCAUUGUGUGGAGUUUUGCUGUGGCCAUCUUUAGCGUGGGUGGAAUGAUGGGAUCAUUCAGUGUCGGUGUCAUAGCCAACAAAUUUGGAAGACGUAAGUCGAUGUUCCUCGUGAAUAUCUUGGCUCUGAUUGGUGGGAGUCUCAUGGGACUGUGUACUCUCUGCUACUCCUAUGAGAUGGUCAUUGCCGGUCGGCUGGUUAUUGGGCUGUUCUGUGGCCUCUUUACUGGGCUCACUCCAAUGUAUGUUGGGGAAGUGUCGCCCACUCCCCUCCGUGGGGCCUUCGGGACCCUGCACCAGCUUGGUGUUGUGGUGGGCAUCUUAAUUGCCCAGAUCUUUGGGCUGGAGAGUCUGCUGGGUUCACAAAAGCUUUGGCCUUUACUUCUGUCUCUAACCGUGCUACCAGCCAUCCUGCAGUGUAUACUGCUGCCGUUCUGUCCAGAGAGCCCUCGCUUCCUGCUCAUUAACCUCAAUGAGGAAGAAAAGGCCCGCAAAGCACUGGUGCGUCUCCGUGGUUAUGAGGAUGUUGGGAAGGACAUGCAGGAGAUGAAGGAAGAGAGUGCGAAGAUGGCCAUGGAGAAGAAGGUGACCAUCCCAGAGCUCUUCCGCAUUCCUGCUUACCGCCAGCCUCUACUCAUCGCUGUCAUGCUGCAGCUGUCCCAGCAGCUCUCUGGCAUCAAUGCUGUAUUUUAUUACUCAACUGGUAUUUUUGAGUCGGCCGGAGUGACUCAGCCCAUUUACGCCACCAUCGGAGCCGGAGUAGUAAACACUGUCUUUACUGUAGUAUCUCUAUUCUUGGUGGAGAGAGCGGGACGGAGAACUUUGCACCUUAUUGGUUUGGGUGGAAUGGCCAUCAGUGCCUUGGCCAUGACAAUCGCUCUCUUAUUGAAGGACAUUGAGUCUCUACGCUACCUCAGCAUUGCUGCAGUCUUUGGCUUUGUUGCCAUGUUCGAGAUGGGCCCUGGACCUAUUCCCUGGUUCAUAGUGGCUGAACUGUUCUCCCAGGGGCCACGUCCUGCUGCCAUGGCCGUUGCAGGAUGCUCCAACUGGACAGCCAACUUCCUUGUGGGAGUCAGCUUCCCUAAAUUGGAGGAGCUGUGUGGGCCAUAUGUCUUCAUUAUAUUCAUGAUCUUCCUCAUCUUCUUCUUCAUCUUUACGUACUUCAAAGUUCCAGAGACCAAAGGGCGAACUUUCGAUGAGAUCGCCUGUGGUUUUAGUGGGUCUCCGCCUCCGGCUGCCACCUCUGUGGAGGAGCCAGGCAGACUCGCACUUCCCGCCUCUCCGGUCAAAGAGAAAGUCCCGUUGGUGGCAGCUUCCAAAUCUUCCACAGAACAUGGGCCCAGCUCAUCUGAUGCCGCAAAGGUGGAAGGGAAACCUAGCUCAGUUACCCAGCCACUGGUAGAUUCUAGUAAAGAGGAGAAAAAUAAUUCCACCAUCUAAAAAAUAGUGUAACUAUAUAGCUAAAUAUGAUUAAAGCCAUGACAUGUAUCACUGAAGAUAGAAAUAUAAUAUUAGAGGUUAUUUACUGAAAAGAGAUUAUUUAGGGUAAACAGAUUAAGAACAGAACCACAUUGGAAUGUUACAGAUCACCUCUAUGAAAGGAUACGAGAGCUCAUAGCACAUGAGCUUAUAUUAUUGUGUAGUUUGACAAUUGAUGGUUUGGUGCAAUAUUGAUUCGUUUUAAUGGUUUUAUCCUUUUAUUGCUCAUUUAUUCCUGUUUGUGAGUUUUUUGUGCAGUUUUAAUGUGAAUUAUCAAAUAGGACAGUUUCCAAUAUCAAAUCGAACUGAAAAAGGGAAUUAUUA